CGAAAUCUCUAUUUCUUUAUUUACUUUAACAUCGAAGUGAUUAUUGGUGAUUUUAUUAAUUAAAUUUGAAUAAUUGAUUAAACGAUGUUCAUGUUUCACGUUAAGUUGGAACCGUAAGGCGCGACUGGCGCCGAGAACGUUUUUCAGUGAAAGUUGUUAAAAUGUGUCGAGCACCGUCGAUAUUUGUGUAAUCAGGCAAAGAAUAAACCAAACAAUGGUUCCUGCGCCGAGUUGCCCAUAUACGUGGGAUUAUUGGACGUCCACGCCGUCCGACUACGUAGAGUUGACAUGCUUGAUGCCGAAUUCUAUUUACUUGCCUGUAACAGUCAGUUGGGAUGCAACUCUCCAAGAUGUCAAGGAGGAGCUAUGGGACAUGGCGGGGAAGAUGCCCCUCUUUGGGAUGCUGCAUGAGAUGAAUGGCUAUGUGUUCCAAUUCAUCAACUCGCUGUCAGUUCCCGAAGAGGUUAACGAUGAGAACAAGAGAGUGCGAGAUAUCAGGCCUGUGUUUGGUGUGCUUAUGAUAAUAGAACGGUCUAUUGAGAGGCCUGGAGAACAUUUGUUGAACACACAAAUAAGUCAUUUAAUUGGAAAAGGUUUAAAUGAAUUUGAUAGUUUAAGAAGUUCGGAAGUAAAUGACUUUCGGAUGAGAAUGCGAUGUUUGGCUGAAGAGAGUCUACUCAAAAGAGCUCAAAGUACAAGAUUAGAGAGACUAAGAUACCACUGCCCACCGAGACUGGCCGACAGUUCUUCCGUACCUGCUACACUUAAUAGCCAUUUAAAUAAUAAUUGUUUUAUACUUGUUACUAAGGUUGCCAAUACAGAGAUCUCAUUCACCUCAAAUGUGUCAGUGAACCUAACGCCCCAACAGCACGUAGACACUAUAUUCCGUAAAAAAGCGAAUUCGCUCAACAUGCGGGGGGAACAACCGCGCAAUUACGUGCUCAAAGUGUGCGGGCGCGAGGAGUACUUGCUUGGGGACUAUCCGCUCAUACAGUUCCUGUAUAUACAAGAGAUGCUAGCUAAGGAUGGAGUGCCGCAGGUCAUGACCGUCAGUAUGGAUAAAAUAACGUGCUGUGAUAUGCAAUACUAUGCUUUACCUGAGCGAAGACGAUUAACAUCUGAACAGUCAAAUACAAUACGUAAGAAGAAAAACCACGAAUCGUCAUGGAAAAUUGAUAGGAAUUAUUCUUGUAUGGUACAGACUGUUGGCGGGCUUAACGUUGAUCCAGGACGACUUGUUGAGGUUGUCUGCCAAGCUGGUAUAUAUCACGGUGGUAAAUCUCUAUGCGAGCCGCAAAAAACAAAAGUAGCCGUGGUAUCAAAAGAGGGGGAGGCUCAAUGGGAUGAAGAGUUACAGUUUCCGAUCAAAGUGUGCAAUGUGCCCCGCAUGGCUAGGCUCUGUUUUGUUAUCUAUGAAAUAUCCAAGGCUAAGAAUAAACGGAGAGGAAAGGACAAUAAGGAUGCGAUAAACCGCCUAGCGUGGGUGAACACAAUGGUGUUCGACUACAAGGAGCAACUCCGCACGGAUGCGGUGACCCUGUUCAUGUGGACGCACGUGGCGGACGAGACGCAGGGCGACGACGUGCUGCUGCACCCGCUGGGCACCGUGCUGUCCAACCCCAACACGGACUCGUGUGCCGCGCUGCAAGUCAGGUUCUCCAAUUACGACUGUCAACAUCCAAUCCUAUUUCCGAAACAAGAGGCAAUAAGAUCGUACGCUGAUCAAUUAGAAAAUGGUUCGUUAGAAAUGGCGCGACUAACAGAUGAUUUUGAGAAACUGAGAACGACAGCGGAAAAGGAUCCUAUGUAUGAAAUGCAUGAACAAGACAAGAAAGAUAUAUGGGCUGCCAGAGAAUACUUUCAAACACAAGCACCAGAAUUAUUACCCAAGCUCCUCUCAUGUGUCGAAUGGACGGAAAGAGCAGAAGUGGCCCGAGUGGCCAAGAUGUUGUCCAAUUGGCCAAUGUUAAGGGUGGAGUCUGCGUUAGAGCUGCUCGACUAUGCGUACGCGGACGCGGCGGUGAGGAGCUUCGCGGUCGAGUGUUUGGCUAAGAUUAGUGACGAAGACUUAUUAUUAUAUUUAUUACAAUUAGUGCAAGCGUUAAAACACGAAUCGUACCUGACGUGUGAUCUCGCGCGGUUUCUCCUCGAGCGGGCUUUUAAAAACAUGACCAUUGGACACUACCUUUUUUGGCAUUUACGUUCAGAGAUGCACGUGCCGUCCGUGUGCGUGCGGUUCGGUCUAGUACUGGAGGCGUACUGCCGCGGCUGCCAGGACCACAUCAACACGCUCAUGCGGCAGAUCACGUGCUUGGAUAAACUCAAGUGGGCGAGUCAAUGCAUCCGCAAAAAGAAGGAGAUAUCGAAAGCUCGAGCUGCGCUCAACCAGCAUUUACAAGAACCGCAUUGUAUGGAGACGCUCUGUGAUUUUGUGUCUCCGUUAACUCCUAGUCUUGUUUGUAAGCGGAUUAAACCAGAUCGAUGCACGGUAAAAGACAGUAAAAUGCGGCCACUUUUACUCGAGUUUGAGAAUUUGGACCCUACCGGUACAGACAUAAGGAUCAUAUUGAAGAUCGGUGAUGAUCUCCGACAGGACAUGUUCACGUUACAGAUGCUCAGGAUCAUGGAUAGGAUAUGGAAGAACGCGGGUUAUGAUUUUAGAUUGAACCCGUACAACUGCAUAUCAAUGGAGUACGCGGUGGGCAUGAUCGAAGUGGUCGACGAGGCUGAGACAGUAGCGAAUAUACAGAAACAAAGCGCGCUGUUCAAUGCCGCAUCCACGAUUUCUAAGGCGAAUCUGUUCCAAUGGCUUCGCAAGCAGAACCAAAGUGAAAGCGCUCUAAACAAAGCGGUAGAAGAGUUCACGAUGAGCUGUGCGGGAUACUGCGUGGCGACUUACGUGCUCGGUAUUGCGGAUCGACAUCCAGAUAACAUUAUGGUUAAGAAGACUGGUCAGCUGUUCCACAUAGACUUCGGCCAUUUCCUCGGCCACUUCAAGCAGAAGUACGGCUUUAAGCGGGAACGUGUGCCGUUUGUACUAACGCACGACUUCAUACACGUGAUCAAUAAGGGACAAAGGGGAGGGGUGGGGGAACAAUUGGAUUUCAAGAUAUUCAAAGAGCUCUGUGAGACUGCCUUCAAAAUACUCAGAAAGCACGGUCACCUGAUACUGUCGUUGUUUUCUAUGAUGAUCUCAACUGGACUGCCGGAGUUAAGUUCAGAGAAGGACUUGCAAUACUUACGAGAGACUUUGGUAAUGGAUCUCUCCGAAGAAAAAGCUAUCGAGCAUUUCCGAAUGAAGUUUGUUGAAGCGCAAAAGAACUCAUGGACGACCUCCUUCAACUGGGCGUUCCACAACUUCGACAAGAACAACUGACAGUGAUCCGUGCGACGGCUGAAAAAACAGCCGUCGAAAUAUACCCCACAGACAUUGUAAAGUGGACUCUAGUGCGUAUAGAAUAAGGUCAGUUUUGUGUAUCAACUGGCAGUGUGAUGAUAAAAACAAUUGUUGAAAUGUAUGCCGCAGAUAUUGUAAAAUGAACUUUAGUGCGUAUGGAAUAAGGUCGGUUCUGUGUAUCGAUUGAGAGUGAUAGUCGAAACACAUCCACAAACAUUGUGAAAUGAACUCUAAUGUGUAUAGAAUAAGGUCCGUUUUGUGUAUCGAUUGAGCGCGACCGUCGAAAUAUACUCCGCAUACAUUGUAAAGUGAACUCUAAUGCGUAUAGAAUUAGGUCAGUUAUGUUCACAGCUGAUAGUCUGUGCGUCGGCUGAAUAUAGCCGUCGAACUACAGCCCACUGAUAUUGUAAACUGAACUCUAAUGCGUUUAGAAUUAAGCUCAGUUUAGUGUAUCAACUGACUGUGGUGACGUAGAAAAAACAAUGGUCGAAAAACAUGCCACAGAGAAUGUAAACUAAACUCUAAUGCGUAUAGAAUAAGGUUCAAUUUUUUGAAAUAGCAGAGUGAUCCGUGCAACGGCUGAAAUAUAGCCAAUAUAAUAUGCCACCAUACAUUGUAAACUGAACUCUAAUGUGUAUAGAAUAAAGCUCAGUUUAGUGUAACGAGUGUCAGUGAUCGUGAUGCACGCUGUUUGACCGGUUCGCUUUGUGCGCUUACAAAUUCGAAAUUUUGAAAAUCGAACUCGAUUUUGAAUUAUUAUAUAACGUUCGAACGUUCUAUUUCAAAGCGAAUUUGAUUCGAAUAUGAUUUGCCCGUUUUUCAAUGUUCAAGUAUUUCUAAACAAAUAUAAUGCUAUCUCAUGUAACUAAAAAGAAAUGAAAGAGAUAGCAAUACUAUUUAACUUACUUGAUGAUUGUGAAACGGGUCCGUAGUGUUGUUAAGAGCUUUGGUUUAACUGUAAUAAACGAUUAUUAUAAGCUUAAAAAUUUAAAAAAGUUGAAAAAGAAGCUAUAUAGUAAAGUAUAUUCGACAUCAUAACAUGCAUGCUUCGAUGAUUUUGUGUAAAGUUACAAAAUUAUUAAUAUUAAAGAUACUCUUAUAUUUCAAUCUUUGGUAUAACUAAAAUUAUUAUCUCUAGAAAUAUUCUUCUAUUUUUAAUCUCGAUGUUAAAUUAUUGCGAAUAUCUGAAGUCGAAAAUUCGUUAGAAGUAAUAUAUUAUAGUGUACUCUGGUUGUUAAAUUUAUAAUUAUUACUCGAUUCUGCAACGGAAUACUGUUUAGUUAUAUUAAAAAAAGACGUGUUGACACACGUCUUUUUUCACUCGGGGACUGCCGCGGUAAAGCUAUUGCAUAGCUUGCCUUCAAGCCACAC